AUGGAUGCCAUCCAGUGCUAUGCCUUGCAAGACCCUCAAGGUCGCCCCCUCCUAUUUUCCCCAGCAUCGUCGACGCAGCCCCUCACCCAGGAGAAUAUGCAGGACGUCUUCCCCACCCGACCCGAUAGCAUCGUCCUUGCUUUUGGGCGUCUUGUCAGUCGCACCUCCGACUUGAUACCCGUCCUUGAAGGCCUCUUGGGCGACUACCUCCCCAUUGAGCUCAAGGUUAUCGCCUUUGACGGUGUCUUCGACUCCUUGCUGCGGGGCUUCCUUCUGUACUGUCUCUCCCGAAAGACGCCGAAGGAUCUCAAGGUUCAUGUCGUACAGACCACCGGAGAUUCGUGGACGGAUACCAAUCAACCCGAUAUCACGUACUCGUUCGGUUUUGGUGUCUGCCCUUCGUACUCCCCAAACAGCAUCAGCUCAGUGACCGUGUCCAGCAGGGUGUUUAGUGGACCCAUGAUUCGUUCCCUCGGUUUCUUGCCCAACCUUGCAGCACUGAAAAUCAUAUCAGAUGGCGCUGUGGCUGCGAAUCUUCCUACUCCAUCAACCUGCCUCUUCCCGGGUCUUCUUAAACUCGAGUUUUAUGGGAACAUACAGGACGCCUGCACCGCCUUGAUGGCUUGCGUCAGCACUUCGAAUCGUGUUCAGGAGUUCCAAAUCCAGGCAGCUUCUCUGAGUAGCCCGCAGGAUAUGAGGCUUCUCCGGGAAACUGUUCAUAUCUUCUGUCCAGUGUUGAGGUCCCUUAAGGUUACCAUCCGUGACUGCCAUCCUGCCGAGGAAAAUUGGAUGAACAUGGCCGACUUUGUCCCAUGUCCAUAUUCGUUGACGUCACUGGCGGUGCUGCACCCAAAUGUGUCUUUCUCUUUGGUUAAUGGGUUUUUGGUCGAAGAUUGA